AUGCCUCCGAAGAAACAGCCGCAGAAACCCCCGCAGGCGCCGUUGAUGGCGGAAGGCCUCGACGAUGAAAUGUUGCAAGACAUCUUCGCGUCAGACCAGGAUAUGUACCCCGCGCCGCUCACCUUGGAUCGCCUCCGGAGCUGGACGGAUGCAGCACCAGAGCUUGCCUCAUGCUUCUGGUUCACCGCCGUCAGAAGCGAGUGGAUGUCGUGGCCGUUGGCCGGCACAAUCAUCGCUCUCCCUGUCCUCUCCUCAUUCUGGCGCGAUUUGCUGGUCGGUAAGCUCAAGGAGACAGACAUUGAUCCUGCGACCAUGUUCCCCCGCGAUAGCGACCAAGGCGUAGAGGUUGGGCUGCAUGUAUUCCAUAUCGAGAGGACCGAUGAUCCCCAGACUGAGAUGAGGAUGGCUGGGUUCGGAAGAUUCGCGAUGAACUCUGUCGUCGAGGCUGCGGCGGAGAAAGGGUGGAAGGUAAUCGGCCAGUCGGCACUUACGGCUACAAUGGACGGAAGACGUUUCUUUGAAAAGAUCGGGUUCGUGCCAACAGGCUACGAGGAGUACUGGGUUGAAUCUGGGUCAUCAUCAGGUGUUCAACUCGUGACUGUGUCCGCGGAUACCGCGUCCGAAACAGAGAUCCCAGAGAAAGAAACCAUCAAGGGACACGCGACGAUGAUGGCGACAACAAACCAUCUGCUGUCGGCAGAUGCUGCUUAG